CUUCUUUGCAACAAUUCUUGUCGACAGGUAUUGGAUCCAUAUAUCAUGGAGCUCAUACGAAUUGGUCGCUAGCGGUUAUAAUAUGCUUUGGGGUCAUUAUUGCACGCCCUGGUCCAGGGGGGCUGCUCAGAAUCUUCGCCUAGCCCGUCCGUUUGUCCGGCCACAUACUUUGCGACGAUUAGCAAGAUACUACAGCACACAAAAUGGAGACGGGGGAUUACAGCGAAAUUCGCUCUCUGUCCCCGCUUCCGCUAGAUUUAAUGAGAUAGGGGUCCAACAAUUGAGCGACCAUGUGUACUCCCAAAUCUUCCUCGAAAAAUCGAAGCGUCCAGAUCCAAAUUUAGUUGCCCUAUCGAAAGAACAUCUUGCGCGCCAUGAUCUCCUGGGAAAGUCCCAGGUCAACGCGGAUCCCAUUGCCUUUGAUCUCCCCGCGCUUCAGGGUAAAACUCUAGACGAACAUUUCUUCAAAUUAGGAAUGGACUCAUCAGAGCCAUACCUCACGUAUGCAAAAAACUAUGUGACAGCAACCUGCCCCGAAAUGCCCCGCAAAUGGGUCAGACGCAGCGGAUGGACGAAAUAUAACAGUGACGGCACCUGGGAACCGGUCGACGCGCCAAAUGAAUCUACCAUUACGUUUGACACGGAAGUCAUGUACAAAGAGCAUUCAUAUGCCGUCAUGGCAUGUGCUGUGAGCCCUACAACUUGGUAUGCAUGGCUAUCGCCUUGGUUACUUGGGGAGUCGGAGAACGAAAUUCAACUUGUGCCGCUCGGUGAUCCGUCUCAACCGCGAAUUAUAGUUGGACACAACAUUGGUUAUGAUCGCGCGCGGGUCUUGGAGGAGUACGACCUCAAACAAACGCGCAACUUUUUCCUUGAUACUAUGUCACUCCACGUCGCUGUGAACGGAAUGUGCUCACAACAGAGGCCGACAUGGAUGCGUCAUAAGAAAAACAGAGACUUGAGGGAUAAGAUUGCGAGUGAAAACAAUUCUGUUGAACUUGCAGCUUUGCUAGAAAAUAAAAUGCUUCGCGACGAGGAAGAAGAGUUAUGGGUUGGGAGGAGUUCGGUGAAUUCACUCCGAGAUGUGGCCAAAUUUCAUUGUGAUGUCACAAUUGAUAAAUCGCAGAGAGAUCAUUUUGGCGAACUCGAUAGACAUCAGAUUCUGGGGAAGCUGGAUGAGCUGCUCGACUACUGCGCUGCUGAUGUUGCCAUUACCCACCGCGUGUACAAAAAGGUCUUUCCCAACUUUCUCGAGGUUUGCCCUCAUCCAGUCAGUUUCGGCGCCCUGAGACACCUUUCCUCUGUCAUUCUUCCUGUUAAUCAAACAUGGAAUGAGUAUAUUGCCAACACAGAAUCAACCUAUCAUCAACGCCUUGACGAUGUUCAACGGAGACUUGUCGAGCUAUGUAACGAGGCCCUGAGUGUCAAAGACGAUCAGGAGCAAUAUACAAACGAUCCUUGGUUACGCCAGCUGGACUGGUCGGGCCAGGAAAUCAAAAUGGUCAAGGGUAAGAAAAAAGGUGACCCCCCCCGGCCGGCUGCCCGACAAAAGAAGCCCGGAAUGCCUCAAUGGUACAAGGACCUUUUUGCCUCAAACACAGCCGACAUUAAUUUAACGGUGCGAACUCGGAUUGCCCCCAUACUGCUCAAGCUAUCGUGGGAUGGCCAUCCUCUGAUCUGGUCGGAUAAAUACGGUUGGACGUUCAAGGUGCUGCGCGAGAAAGCCCGCCAGUAUGAGAAUCAACCGGUGGUUCUAUGUGAUAUGUCGGAGGAGAAGAAUCCCGAACUACAGAACGACAGAAAGAACAUUUACUUCAAGCUUCCUCACAAAGAUGGACCAACAGCGCGAUGCAUCAACCCAUUGGCCAAAGGAUAUUUACAGUAUUUCGAACGUGGUAUCCUAUCCUCGCAAUAUUCCCUCGCCAAAGAAGCUUUGGAAAUGAAUGCCUCCUGCUCAUACUGGAUCAGUGCCCGGGACAGGAUCAUGGGCCAAAUAGUUGUAUAUGAGGAUGACCUGCGACCGUCCGAAGCAGAAAAGCAAGGAAACCAAAAGUUGGGGUUCAUCUUACCGCAGAUCAUUCCCAUGGGCACUAUUACUCGACGAGCUGUUGAAAACACAUGGCUUACAGCUAGUAACGCUAAAGGAAAUCGAGUUGGCUCUGAACUCAAAGCCAUGGUCAAGGCCCCGCCUGGCUAUGCCUUUGUUGGUGCAGAUGUCGACUCCCAGGAGCUGUGGAUUGCAAGUCUAGUGGGUGACGCUCAAUUCCAACUUCACGGAGGGAAUGCAAUUGGCUUUAUGACUCUGGAAGGAUCCAAGGCUGCAGGAACGGACCUGCAUUCGCGCACUGCUCAGAUUCUAGGCAUUUCACGCAACGACGCGAAAGUGUUUAAUUAUGGACGGAUCUAUGGAGCUGGUCUCAAGUUCGCAGCUACAUUGCUUCGCCAAUUUAACCCAUCGAUGUCGGAGAAACAGACUCAGGAGGUUGCGAGUACCUUGUACAAAGAGACUAAGGGCGCUCGGACAACUCGUCGCAUCCUACAUGAGAACCCAUUCUGGCGCGGAGGCACAGAAUCGUUCGUCUUCAACAAGCUGGAAGAGUUUGCUGAUCAAGAGCGACCAAGGACUCCGGUCUUGGGCGCUGGGAUCACCGAGGCUCUCAUGCGACGCUUUAUCAAUAGAGGCAGCUUCAUGACAUCGCGGAUUAACUGGGCAAUUCAGUCCUCCGGUGUUGACUACCUCCAUCUCUUGAUUGUCUCGAUGGACUAUCUUAUCCGGCGCUUUAAUAUCAAGGCCCGGUUAGCUAUUACGGUCCAUGACGAGAUCCGGUAUCUCGUGAAAGAAGAAGACAAAUACCGUGCUGCUUUGGCCUUGCAGGUGGCCAAUGUGUGGACUCGUGCCAUGUUCUCACAACAAGUCGGCAUCAAUGACCUACCACAAAGUUGUGCCUACUUUUCGCAAGUUGACAUCGACCAUGUCUUGCGAAAAGAGGUUGACAUGGACUGUGUGACGCCGUCCCAUCCACAGAAAAUCGCGCAUGGUGAAACGUUAGACAUUGUGCAGCUCUUGGAUAAGAACGAACCAGCACGUCUCGACCCUUCAAUCAUACCAGACUUCCCACCUUCCCCCGAGAAGUAUAUCUAUACCCCGCGAGAAACGGUCAUGUCUACUCUGCAAAGCUCCAGCAACAUGGCUUUCAUCCAAGCUCAAAUCACCAAGGACGACAAAGAGCUCCGCGAAAUUAUCAAAGACCUAUCUAAAUCAAGGGCUCCGUCCGAAUCUUCCAAUGCACGAUCAUCGAAGGCUCGCACGAACCCCUCCACUAUCCAUUCGGUUGAGCCCCAGAAAGCCAUUCUGAUGGACGUAGGGUCGGGACUAUACGGCGGCUUCAAUGAUUUUUCCCAGGGGAGCAGGCAUCCCCAGGUCAAUCUUAGCCGCCAAAAUUGGAAGCCACGGCCGGCAGCACGGGCGUGAUUAAUACUAGUAUUAUAUUCUCCCUCUUGAUACUUUCACUUUCUUGUGUAUAUAUUGUUUCUCGGCUCGUUAACCUUACUUCAGAUAUGGUAUUAUACGAUCUCAUGAGGCAUUGGGAAGGGCGUCUACGAAGACCGGUGUUGAACUAAGGCAAUCGAUUCGGGUUUGUACGGAAUACCUACGAAUCUAUCUAGUGAGAUGUGUAAAUAUAAGAAAAAAAAGAUAUCCCAUUCUUUAUU